CUUCAUCUUAGUCUUGUACUUCCUCUUUCAAUACUACUCUCUCCUUAUUUCCCUUCUGUAUUCCUGAGAAAUGGACACAAGCAAAGCUGAUGGGAAAAGAAGCAUGGAGGAUGAGAUGAAGGAAGACCUAGUGAGGGAAGAGGAGGAAGAGGAGGAAGAGGAUGAAGAUGAAGACGAUAACAAGAGGAAAAAAGCAUUGACCCUCACCAGAAGGAAAGGAUCCGGUGGCGGAGGGUCAACGCAGGUUUGUUGUCAGGUGGUGGAUUGCACUGCAGACAUGACUGGCACCAAGCCAUACCACCGCCGGCACAAAGUCUGUGGGCCUCAUGCUAAGGCUACAGUUGUCGUCAUUGCCGGAAUCCAGCAGCGUUUCUGUCAGCAAUGCAGCAGGUUCCAUGAGCUGUCAGAGUUUGAUGAAGCCAAAAGGAGUUGUCGCAGGCGUUUAGCUGGGCACAAUGAGCGUCGCCGCAAAAGCUCCUAUGAUUCUCAUGGUGAAGGGUCAAUGUGAAAAACUCUCUCAGAUGGCAAUAAUGAAUUCCCAGCAGAUUGGAGAAAGGGAACAUUUGAAUAACUCCAGAAAGUGCCUUUCUAAGUGUGUCCAAAAUACAUAAGCUUUAGCAUUGCGAUCACUAUGAUGCCCUCUAUCUUCUGUCAAUCCUGGAGAACGUUUAUGGAGAUAUUGUUACUCUUUAACUAUAUGUAUGGAAGUUUAUUUUCAAUUUGGACAAAAAGCUUAAAAGCCGUCCACUCCAAUGCUCUGUUGGUAGCUGUUAUUGGCGGCAUUCAUUUUCCAUCUGCCAUCACAAAAUUAGUCACUCCUUGAACCCAGAAUAAACUAGUCUUGCGAUCACUUCAGUAGCUUGCUAAAUAAUUUUCACUUCUCGAGUGACUGAAAAUAACUGAGCCAAAGUAUAGAAC